GGUCAAAUGGCUAAAGACUUUCAAUAAAAAAUAGAAAUGUAUCCUGUUUAUAUGCAUUUAUACAGCUUGAAAGUAUUGUUUUGCCUACCCUACAAUUCCUUUACUGUUACAAAAAACAUCUUGAAAACCAUAACUUUUCGAUUUACAGAUGAUUGACAUGUUGCAUGUUGUUGACCCUGUUUGUCUCCAGCAGCACCCACAGAAAUACAAUGAAUAAGUCUCUGGGUGAUCACGUGCUCACGUACCCCUCCCUAGUCCUUCCGAUGUCAAAUGAACGCGGUCUGAACUCCGACUCAACUCGAGCGGGUGGCGCGAUAUCAACAUCAUUUUAGUGUUUUUAGUAUGGCGGACAGUGAAUCCGUAAAGAAACUGCUGAGGUCUGUGCUGCAGUCCAGUAAAAACGGUGUGGCCAUCAACAGCCUGCAGGAAGAGUACAGGUCACUCUGUGGGGAGACCAUCCCUCUGAAAAGACUGGGCUUCUCCAACCUGGAGGACUAUCUCCGCAGCAUCCCAUCUGUAGUCCGCCUGGAGUCUCGUCAGGACUUUCUUGUAUGUUUUGCAACUGUGUGCAAAGAAACUGCACAUAUUGCUGAAUUGGUGGCACGGCAAAAAAAUUCCAAAAAAGCUGGACGAUCUCAAGUUGUCAACUGCAAGAUGAGAUUUAAACCUUCUAACCCUUACGCCCUCAAUGUGAAACCCAAGACAUCUCUUCGGCAGCCAUCCAACUGGACCAGUAACCGACGGCCAGCUCAAGGUUAUGGAGGCUUCAGCACGUCGGGAGAUGUCAGAAAGCAGGACCCUCGGUGGAGCUCAGUCUUCCCUGUGCACCAGAGACCUCCAGUUGUUGAACAACUAGUCAGAGCAAAUUAUUCAAUGGACAACACAGUAAACGGCUUUCAAGUAAACGAAAGGCCCCCAGUCAAAUCUCCCACUCAGGAAAUUACCUCAACAACACAAGUCAACAAAGACUACAUUGUUGAAAUAAAUCCAAAUGAUUUUAACUUGGAGCGGGAGCAGAGCAGACUCUCUCAAGUCUUGAACAAAUAUAGCAGUGGACUGUGGAUGUCCAAAUUAGAAGCAGUCUACAAUAAAAUCUUUAAUCAGGCUCCCCAUCCCAAGACCCUUCUGGAGCUGGAAAAGUGGACACACAUUUGCUCACUUGAGAAACCUUCAGUCAACAACAGAGCUGAUCGUUUGAUAUACCCCCCACUACCUCCUUCUACAACAUGCAGAAAUACCAAUGCUCCAAUUGUAUCACCCAAAAGCCCAGUUUCCACACCUCUUUCAUCCCAUGCUUCAACUCCAGAGAAGCCUCCAGCGCCUGUUCCCAAAAUUAAUAUGGCAAAACCCACCUUUGUUUUUCCUCCUGUGGCCAGUAGAGAAGGUUUGCAUGAUGUCGGUUUACGCAGUCCUCCGAAUCCAGCAUUGGCUCCUCAAUUUAUCAACUCUGGUGCGGGGGAUUGUUCUAAUCUUCCACCUAAAACUCUUGGCCAAAUCUCAUGGACCCGGCCUUCACCUCCCAGCCCAACUCCUUUGGUCCAACCUAGUCCUGGCAUCCUCUCUCUCUUGAAGGCUACUUUCAACACAAAGUCAGAUCCACCACCUCAGACUCCCCAAGUAGCUUCUGCAAGCACAAUUUCAGAAGAUGUACGACAAAAAGUAAAGGAACUUCUCUUCAAGUAUAGCAGUGGUCUUUGGGUUCAGGCUGUGCCAAAGCUCUUUGAAGACACAUACAAAAUGCCACUCCCUGAACAUGCUCUUGAUGACUUGUCUCUCUGGCUGGACAUCUGCAGUGUGGAGUACCCUUUUCCCAAUGACAAGAAGAAGGCAAUCUUGUAUUACUCUGCCCGAGAUGAAUUGCAGACCCCAGAAGAGCAAGCCCACCCUCUCCCUUCAGGCUUGGAGGUUGUGGGAUCCAUCGCUCCUCCACGUUUGACUUUUCCCUCAGAGCAGUACCCAUCAGUUCUCAUUACUGAUGCCAAAGGCAGCAAUGCUGUUACUGUCAGAUAUGUUGGCAAAAACUACUCAAAUGCCCAGGAAGCCAUGGAGGAAGCAAUGCGCAGCUUUUAUGGUGAAAGAUUGACUGGCUACUCUCUGAAUAAGGUAAUGAUUGGGCAGCUUGUAGCCAUUAAAGGAGAAGAUGAUGAUGAAGUGGCCAGAGCACAGGUCAUGGAGGUCAUAAAUCCACAAAAGGUUAAGGUGUAUUAUUUGGACUAUGGCUGCUCGUUAGAGACUAGCACACAUUAUCUCCGCGAGCUACAUCAAGACUUUGUCUCUCUGCCAUUUCAAGCUAUCAAUGUUAAAUUGGCAGGUCUUGAACAUUUUAGCUCACACCCUUCAGUGCUCCACCUGGAGACACUGGCCAUUGGAAAGAUUCUUCUGAUGGAGACACUGGAACCCUGUCAACACGAUAAAACUCCUCUUGUGGUGUUGUAUGACACUUCACAGGAUGAAGACAUCAACAUAAAUUCGAGCUGUCUGAAAGCUCUGCAGGACGAGACCAUGAACAACCCUCUCACUAUAAAUGACACAUAUCAGGAUGUGAGUGUCACAAAUGUAUGUGCUGAUGGCAUUAUCUACUGCAAGCUACCAUCCAGAGGAAUGGCCAGGCUCACUAAGUUACUGGAGGAAACUGAAGCUUUCUUCAAAAUUCAGGUAACAACAGAAUCUCUGGUCUCCAGACCAUUCACUGGAAAGCUAUGUCUUGCAAGUUACAAAGGGAAAUGGUCAAGAGUAGAGGUCACCAAUAUUUAUGGCAACAGGGUUCUAGAGGUUCUAUUCAUUGACUUUGGAGUGACUGUUACAAUUGAAGUGACUGAGCUUAGAGAGAUCCCCACACCUUUACUCAAAGACUUGAUCAUCAUCCCACCUCAGGCCAUCAAAUGUAGCCUUGAGGAUGUUCAAGUGCCAGAGGGAGGCUGGAAUCCAGAGGCUGUCAAAUGGAUAAAGGAAAUGGUUCUUGGUGCCGAAGCUGCUAAAAUGACGAUCCGCAAAUUAGGUUAUCAUAAUGGAAACAGACUUGUCUACAUGCACCUGUUCCUUGGAGAUGGUUUAAAAAACAGUGUCAACAAUCAGAUCGCCCUGUCAGAGUUCUGGCAGAGGCUUCUGAUGAAACAGAUAAACAACUGCAAGACAGACAAAGGGCUGAGUGCACUUGUGGAGAGAUGGACUCUCAGCAGUUCACCUGCUUUAGCUAAUGCCCACCAAACGACAACUGGAUUAGAAAAAGAGGAUCUGUCUGUAAAGUAUACAAGUUCCAAAACAGACUUCCUGUCAAUGCCUCCACUGUUGGACCUUCCCCAGUGUGGUCAAAACAUGGAUGUGUUUGUGCCUGUGGCCUGUCACCCAGGUUACUUUGUGCUGCAGCCAUGGCAGUAUCUGCACAAACUUGUGGUGCUGAUGGGUGAAAUGGUUCUUUACUACAACAAAUCCAAGACUAGCUCACAGACAGAAAUUGAGAAAGGAGAGGUCUAUGCUGCUAAAAUUAACAAAAACUGGCAUCGAGUGCUUGUCAAAGGAAUUUUAUCAAACGGGCUGAUUUCCAUCUAUGAGUUGGACCACGGUAAACAUGAGUUGGUCCGAAGCACAGCAAUUCAACCUCUGAUUGAAGAAUUUCGACAGCUGCCUUUUCAAGCCAUAACAGCUCAACUGGCAGGGUUGUCACAGCUCCAGUGGUCUGAAGAGGCGUCCAUGGUUUUCAGAAAUCAUGUGGAGAAGCGUGCACUGGUUGCUCAGGUGGAGAGUGUCCAGGAGGCUCCAGACAUUAGGGCGGCACCGUGGGAGCGCAGGCUCACUGUGUACCUGGUGGACACAACAGCGGGGGACAGAGACCUGUGGAUUCAUACUGUCAUGGCUGGUAUUGGCGGAGAAUUGACCAUGGCAGCUUAGGAUUUAUUUACAGUUCAAAAUAUUCAGACCUACAUUUUACUGAUAAGCAGCUACUUGUUUGUAAAUUUAAUGUUCUAUUUAAAAAAAAAAGGUAAUUACUACUAUUCCUUGGAAACUUAGACCAGUUAUAAUGUUUUCUGUUUUGCCAUUUGCUGUAAAUUGUCGAAGUAUUGUGACUUUUGCAUAUGUUUGCUCACCCGUGUGUUGAAUGUUUUGGUUUACUUUGUUUGGUCCUUUGCAUGCAAUUGUGUGGCUCUUAAUUUUGUCUAAAUAGUGUUAUUCAAGGUAACUAAACUAAUCCCUAUACUUGAGUCCUAUUUGAAUCAAAAUUGUUAAAAGUAGUUUACUUAAUGUAAGUUCAUAAUUAACUCGUUCUAUUAAAAAAAAAAAAAACUAA